UAAAAAAAACAAGUUUUUUCUAGAUUUGUUUGUGUUUAACAAUUUGGAUGAAAUGACCGUGAAGAUUCAUAAUUUUUACGGAUAUCCGUAUUUUUCGAAACAAAUUAAAUCGAAAAAUCAAUUAGCGAAGCAAAUCACGAAUACCAGAAAUUAUAUUAUUAUCCGCUCCCACCCGGCCACCCCUAUUAAUGUCAUUCAAGUACUAAUACAACCAUUCACACAUUAUCUAAAAGACAAAUAUGGCAAAAAAGAGCUAUGAGACAGUCCUCUGUUUCUUCUUCUUCUUCUUCUUCUUCGUCAUCAUCAUAAGCUUCAGUUCCAUUGCUGUUUCUGCACAAGUUUGUAAAAACACUACUGGAAUAUUCAUACCCAACAGUACUUAUGACAACAACCGUCGUCUCAUCCUUUCCACCCUCCCUUCAAACGUCACGGCUCAUGACGGCUACUUCCAAAGUUCGAUCGGGCUUGGUCUGGACCGAGUCUACGCCAUGGGGAUGUGCGCUCCAGGCGCUGAACCUAAUGUUUGUUCUCAGUGUAUUGAGACCGCAUCUGAUGGCUUACUACAGAACUGUCAAAACCAGGUAGACGCUUUCUCAUGGUCGGGUGACAAAACCCUUUGCCUUGUUCGCUACACUAACCGCUCCUUCUCCGGAUUACUCGGCAUGGAGCCACGCGGAGCGAUCGCCAGUACUGCAGAUACCAAUCUGAAUCAGACUCACUUUGAUAGCGUGUGGACAAAGUUAAUGUUUGGUAUGAUCUCUAAUAUCUCAUCUUCCUCAUCAGCCGGGAACAAUGCGUCUAAGUACUAUGCUGGCGAAGACGAUGUAGUUCAAUUACCGGACUUCAGGAACAUAUCAGCGUUGAUGCAAUGCACACCAGAUGUUUCUUCCGAAGAUUGUGACGUUUGCUUACGGACAAACGUUAUUGACUAUCAGACGUGUUGCCGUAGGAGGCAAGGUGGAGUUAUAUCGCGACCAAGUUGCUUUUUCCGGUGGGAGUUGUAUCCUUUCAUUGGUGCUUCAGAUCUUAUUUUCUUACAGCCUUCAACGCCGCCCUCUCUUACACCAUCUCCUGUUUCCAAAGAACCGUCUCUCACAGUACCCUCUCAUAUUUCCAAGAAAGAUACAAGAAUCUCAGGAGGAGUUAUUGCGGCGAUUGUCGUUGCUGUUCUUGUUGCCAUAAUAUUGAUUACUCUAGGCGUUGUUAUUUUAAAGAGAAGAAAGAAAAAGAAAGAAAUUGAACUUCCAAAUCCAACCGAAUCGAUCCAGUUUGAUUUAAGCACAAUUGAAGCUGCUACAAACAACUUUUCUGAGCGUAACAAGCUUGGUGAAGGAGGAUUUGGUGAGGUUUACAAGGGUAUGCUCAUGAAUGGUACUGAAGUUGCGGUGAAGAGAUUGUCUAAAACAUCAGGACAAGGUGAAGUAGAGUUCAAGAACGAGGUUAUUGUUGUUGCAAAACUUCAGCACAGGAAUCUUGUUAGACUUCUUGGGUUUUCAUUACAAGGAGACGAGAAGUUACUUGUCUAUGAGUUUGUUCCUAACAAAAGCCUCAACUAUUUCCUCUUCGACUCUAAGAAGAGAACUCAGUUGGACUGGACAGUUAGACGCAACAUCAUUGGGGGAAUUACUCGAGGGAUUCUAUAUCUUCAUCAAGAUUCACGGCUCAAGAUCAUACACCGUGACCUCAAAGCGAGUAACAUUCUCUUAGAUGCUGAUAUGAAUCCGAAGAUCGCUGAUUUUGGAAUGGCAAGGAUCUUUGGAAUCAACCAAACUGUAGCCAAUACAUCAAAAGUGGUCGGAACCUUUGGUUAUAUGCCACCAGAGUAUGUGGCAAAUGGGCAGUUCUCGGCUAAAUCGGAUGUCUAUAGCUUUGGAGUAUUGAUUCUUGAGAUCAUUAGUGGCAAAAAAAAUAGCAGCUUCUACCAGAUGGAGGGUCUAGUUAACAACUUAGUCACAUAUGUCUGGAGACUUUGGGAGAGUAAAUCAUUGCACGAGCUCGUAGAUCCUGGCAUCAGAGACAAUUGUAAAAGUGAUGAAGUCAUUAGAUAUAUUCAUAUUGGGCUGUUAUGUGUUCAAGAAAAUCCUGUAGAUCGUCCCACAAUGUCUACCAUUCACCAAAUGCUUACAACCAGCUCAAUUGCGCUGCCCCUCCCUCUGCCACCUGGAUUUUUUUGCGGCACUACAACAAAACAGCGUAACGAGCCAAGAUCGAAUCCACUAGCCCAGGGACUGGAACCAGGUCAAUGGAACAGCAAGUCUUUUACUUGUUCUGUAGAUGAAGCUACUAUCACCGAUGUUAUUCCUCGUUGAAUACUCAACAUGUUAUGUUUGGUUUAAGUUUUUUUUUCCACAAACGCAUGUCACUUUCUCAUAUAUUCCUUAAUUUUUACCCAUAGUUCAUUUAGAAUGAAUGCGUUUCUAGACCAUGAUAAGAGGUAGUUCACUAUAAUUUUAAAACAAAGAUUAAGCAAUCAAUAUCUUAUAGCUUGGCUUGGGAAAUGAAAAACACAAAGAGCUGUUCUUAUACAAAGAAAGUUUAUUACAUUAACCUAUCAAAUUAGGGGUUUCACCCAUUUACAUAAAUUUAUUAACAAAUAUAUUUAAAAAAAUACUAUCAACUUCCAUAAAACCAUGAAAUUAAUAUAUUUUUAAUAUGAUUUUCGUGUCUUGGUUUAAGUUAUUUGAUCUCGUUUGAUUUUCAUUAGUAAAUCCUAACGAAGUCCUUGACUAAUCCUAAGAAUAUAUAGUUUAUAAUGGUCACCUGCAAUCUGGAGAAAUCUAUAUAUUUAAAGUUGAAUUUUUCCCUUCUUAUGACAUGUGCAAGGGGGGUUUGUUGACAUGUGUCCUCAUGUUUUUUUUUUGUAUUUAAAUUCUUCUUCUUUUAAAUUAUUGCAAUUUUCUCCAUCAAUUUCUAAUUGUAUAUUAUCUAAUCUUUCUCACACUUAUUAGUCUCUAAAAUUCAAGAAAUAAAUAAAAUAAUAUAAAUAUAUUUUAAAUAUUUAAUUUAUUCACACCUAAAAAUAGCAAAACUUUUCAUCAUUUUAUUAUUUUUACUAAUUUUUAUUAUUUCAUUUACAAAUUAUAUUUAUUUCACUAUUAGUAUCAUAAGAUAGUCAAAUUAAGAAUAAGAAACUAGACAACCAACGCAUAAACUGAGAAAGCGGGUCAAAGGGAGAAUAAUAAUCGAAAGGCCAAAGCCACCAAAAAGCAGGAAAAUAUAUGCCUAAAACACCGGAAUCACAACCAGUAGCUAAAAAGUAAGAAACACCUCACAAACUAAACAAGAACAUACAAGACGGCAUGCAACUGAAAAACCACAAAGCUCUGGAUAGAAGGGACCAAAGCUCCAAGAGACUAACUCUGCACACCUAUACCAAGGAAAA